AUGGAGCAUAUUUCAAGCUCUGAGCCAGAUACGCCGAUUGAGGCACUGAAGGAGCUUCCGAAUAAGAACAAUGGAAGUUGGCUUCGAGAUCGUGGGCUGCGUAAGUUGAACAUGGGCAUUGCGUUCAUGUUCGCUUCGUCGGCUGGAACAGGUUAUAACGGGAGUUUGAUGAAUGGGUUGCUCGUUCUUCCUGAAUUUACCACCCUCACAGGUGGUCUCAAGCCAAGUAUUGUUGGUCUUCUCAUUGCCGCAACCUCCCUAGGGGCGUUCGUGUCCUUUGUCCCAGCAUCCUAUCUCGCAGAUAUGUUCGGCAGAAAAGUAUGUGUGUGUGCUGGAGCUUGCCUGGUGAUCGCCGCCUCAAUCGCUCAGGUCGCUGUGCAAAGUCAUUGGGCAUUCUUUGGUUGUCGAGUCCUAGCUGGUCUCGGUACAGGUACUGCACAAACAGCGGCUCCCCUUCUGGCAACUGAGAUCGCCCAUCCUCGACAACGACAAACCGCUACAGCAUUAUACAAUGCAGCCUGGUGUAUUGGAUCUAUCACCUCUGCUGCGAUAACUCUGGCUACAUUAUCAGUGCACAAUGACUGGUCCUGGCGAGUGCCUUGCAUGCUGCAGGCAUUAUUCCCUCUGACACAACUUGUGGGACUCUACUUCGUUCCAGAGAGUCCACGUUGGCUUGUCUCAAAAGGCAGAAAAACUGAGGCGUUGGCGGUUCUCGAGAAAUAUCACGCCAAUGGAAAUCCAGAUGAUGUGUUGGUUCAACAUGAAUUCCACCAAAUUUGCAUUAGCAUCGAUACGCUUUACCAGCAACCUGGAUAUUGGAAAACAUUUUUCUCAUCCCGAGGAGACUUACACCGUCUUGCAAUCUGUAUCAUUGUUGGAUUUAUGCAGGAAUGGGCAGGAAAUGGAAUUCUCUCGUACUAUCUUCCACCAAUUAUCAAAUCUGUCGGCAUUACACGACCGCACGAUCAGGGUGGUCUCAACGUAGGUCUCCAAGUAUGGAACCUCAUUCUCUCAUCCGCAGGCGCAGUUGCAUCUGAGCGAUAUGGUCGCCGUAUUCUCUGGCUUCUAUCAACUGCCUCCAUGCUUCUUUUCCUAUCUCUGACUACAAUCAUGGCUGGUCUAUUUCAAGAGAAUCAAAUUGCUGCUGCGGGACUCGCUGUUGUUCCCAUGCUAUUCCUCUUCUUUGCCGGGUUCGAUCUGGCUUAUGCGCCACUGUUCAUUGCUUAUCCAGCGGAGAUUCUACCGUUUCAGCUACGAGCAAAGGGCUUGGCGAUCACUUUAUCCACAGAUGCUCUUGCAUGCUUUUUUAAUCAGUAUGUCAACCCUGUGGCGUUUACAGCUAUGCGGUGGAAGUACUAUUUUGUUUAUGUGGGUUGUCUUGUCAUGUUUUUCUUGCUGGCUUAUUUCCUGUUUCCGGAGACCAAGGGUCGAUCUCUGGAAGAGGUAUCGAAGAUUUUUGAUUGUAACAAGAGUGACGUUGGAGAUGAUGUUGAAUCAGAGGAUAAAGAUGGAGAGAAAAGUGAAUAG